UCAAGAUGGACGACUGCAAUCUAUCAAAACUUGCUGUAACACCUUGGAAGUUGUCCCCGCCAUUCAAAAAGGAAUUAACUGAAUAUAGUGUGACAGUUCCCAGUGCGGUGGAUAAAAUAACAUUUGAUCUUUUAACAAGUGAUAAUGGAGCUUCAUUCUCCAUAUCGGUUAGCAUCUUAAGCUUUACUUUAUUGAAUUGUUCGUCGGUCGGGAGUCGACCAUGACCACAGAUGGCUAAUGAGGUCGAUUCUGGCACGAAAUUCUCGUGUGCAGUAGGUGCAUGGGAAUGAUGGGCGCAUCUCCGGGAGCAGAGCCAGACCGGGCCUUCCUUGCAUGUCUCUUGCACUCUGCAGCUGCUGUUCUGCCAACUUCAUGUUGCAUGGAGCUCCUGGGCAAAGAGGAAGGCCAUGAAGUUCGAUCCUUUGCCUUUGCUUGUUCCUCCCACAUGUGUGGGUUUAUGUUGAACGCUUUCAGUGAGGCUUUUAUGUUGUCUUUCUGUCCGCCAGCAGACCACUUUCCUUGUUCAAGCUCACCAUAGAAAAUUCUUUUGGGAAGACGGUCAUCUGACAUUCUCACAACAUGUCCCACCCAGCGAAGCUGUGACUUCAUCAAGAUUGUGAAGAUGCUGGGGAGACCUGCCCGUGUGAGCACCUCAGUGUCUGGGAUCCUGUCCUGCCAUUAAGCUUUAUUAACUACUUACUUACUUACUUUAAGUCAAUUUUAAGUUUAAGACAUAAUUCAGAUAUUCAUAAAUAAUAAAGUCAGAGAAUAUCAACUAUAUUAUAAGGUAUACGUGACAAUCAGUAACAUUAACAAAUUAUUAACAUGCUACUCGCUUGCCUACUGGGUUACUAUAGUCAGUGCCAGAUUAACUUAAAUGCAAAUAAGGCACAAGUGCCUUUUAAGGACAUACAUGAGGGAUUCAGUUUUGUUUGGAGGUGGGGACUUGAUAUGAUCUUAAUUAUAAUUGUAGUGUAAUGACAUAAGUUGGUAAGAGGUCAUCCAUAAAUGACAUCAACCACCAAGAAAGAAAAAAAAAGGGGGGGGGGGGCGCAUGAAUUUGUGAGAUGUGUUAAUGAGUUUCUCUAAAUUUUGUGACUAAUUUUAAAUGAUAGGCUUGUGACAUUAUUGGCCAAAGUAGCAGGACAUAUGGGCCCUAUUGUAUAGUAGUAGAAUUAGUGGUGAUGGGCAUCCUGAAUAUCUGGACGUAAACAACUAAUUAUAGUAGGGGACAAAAAUUAAAAAAUAACAAAGGUAUAAAAAAAAAGACAGGAAUCAUCAAAUAAAGGAUUUUGAGAAACUGUUGCAGUCAUUUGAUGGUACAUCAUUGAGGAGAGGCAAAAUUUUGAUUGCUAAGGGGCCUCUGCAGGAUUUAAUGUGGCACUGAGUGUAUUGUUCAGUCUUUUGCAUGUGAAGAUGGCCAAGGCUUUGACUUAUGUAGUAGUGUUGAUUUGAGGGUUGGAAAGCUGCUUAAUUCAUCAGCCUCACUCUCUUUGCCUUGCCUAUUUGUUCCAAUGGCAAGACAUAGUCAAAUUGACUGAAAAUAGACCAGGAUGCAUUGGAUGACCAGCAGUGUUUCUUGUGUCUUACUGUGCUCUUAUGCAUUCCACAUCGCAGCAUUGUCGUAAAUUUCAUUGUGUCAAUGUGAUAGUGCCUAUGGGAAUCCAUCUCCAGGUUUAAAUUAAGAAUUUGCCUUCUCUUAGAUUAGUUACCAUCCAAUGAUGGCAAGUCCCAUCCACCCAGGGUGCUGAGUUUGUCUUUGCUUGCCUAGGCUUUUUCCCAGGGUUUGAACUCCAGUCCACAAUCUUGGGAUUGCCUCAGUUUAAAACACUCACCCACCCAGCUACCUGGCACUGGCUGUACUAAAUUUACAACUAAACAAAAUAGACUUGAUAAUCUUGAUAAAUUUGGAGCCACUGUUAAUAUAGUUAGGACAAGGUUUGUGCAUGCAACAAAAUCUAAAAAAAAAUGUAUCUUUGCUAUUCCAACAGGGUAGUGGUGGUUCACGGGACGUACCCUUAACAGAGGGGGUCAUUUCUUCAAUUAAAAUAGAAGUGACAUCAGAAGAUGGUCAUGUGAAGGUUUACAUGGUUAAUGUUAAACGACUUUCUUCAAAAGAAGCAUUGUUGUCUAGCCUUGUCAUUCAGAAUGGAAACCUGGAACCGGAGUUCAACCCUCUCCAAUGUUUAUAUUAUUGUAAGCAACAUUCUAACAUAAUGCAUAUUUUCUCUUGAUUUCUUGCUGUCAACCCAUAUUAGCGAAAAAUUAUGGUAAUUCAAACUAUUAAAGAAAUUUAAAAAGAAGAAAAUAUUUAUACCAGAGUAUGGUUGGGUUCAAUCAAAAAGGUCUUUCUCCCCAACAAUAUGUUAUUAUUCUUAUUUAAAUGAUAAUUGGGUUAUAUAGCUCAAGCAGUGUGGAGAGAAAUAUUGAAAACAAGGUAUGUUGCAGCUUAAAUAACAAUGCAAUAUCUGUGUACAGUUUUAUUUAAAUUUAUUUUGGCAUAACAUUUUAUUACUAAUAUUAAUAUUGUGAAGAAGAGAUAUUAGUAAAUUCCGUUUUCUUCUGUUUGUAAAUUCAGGUCUUUUGCCUUGUAAUGCCACAUCUGCAGUAGUAGUAGCCCUUGCCCCCGACCCUAAAAAUGUUGUUGUGGUAUGUGGCAGUCCACCUGGCCCUCCCAUACCCCUCAACCCAGGUCUGACAAAUAUUGAAGUAGAAAUAACCUCACCUGAUGGAUCCAACAAGAAGGUAAAGUUUUAGAAAUGUCUAAAGCUUUUAAAAAAAGAGAUGAUAAAUAAUCACUCAAAGAUACAUACAUAAUUGGCCCCAUGUUAUCCUUUACUUGCAAUAAACUUUGUCUAGUUUAUAUGGACAACUAUAUUAUUCUAAGAAAUUAUGCAUUUUACAAAGCCACAAAAAAGGAGAUUUUUAAAAAAAUUUCAAAGCAUUAUUAAAGGAAAUUAAAAUUGAGUUUUUGAAAACCUAAACGUUCUGACUCCAGCUAACAAUUUUGAAUACCAAACCAUGACCAAAGCCAGCAUUUUUCAACAUGUGCCAUAUGGCCAUAACUUAUUUCUUUGGGGGAGUAGGCACAAAAACAACUUUUUUUGGCUAUAAUAAGAGGAAAGGAGAAUCAUGAAACUAAAUAAAAUAUUAAAGUGGGUCGUGAGACAAAAAGGACUGAGAAGUGCUGAUUAAGUCACUAAAAUUGUAAAUCUUAUUCCCAAAUUCCAAGACUUUAAUAAAGCUUUUAUUAUUAUGUUAAAUCACAUCAAUGAAUGAAAAUAUGAUCCAAAAGAAGAUUUAAAAUGUAAUCUAUGAAUAUCAAAGCCAAAAGAUCAAGGCUUGUAUCUGAUUAAAUUAAAAGCUAGAGCCAGCAAGCAAAAUACAUGACAAAAUACAUAAUAAUAUCAAACCUUUGUAAUUAACUAUUUAUGAUUUUAGCAAGUCAGCAAAAACUAGUCUUUAAGAUUGUUUAAUUUAGUUUAAAUGUGAAAAGCAAUAUUUAUAAUAUGAAUAUCUUUUUUCUUUAAAAACAAAUUAUGUAACUAAAUUAAAUUGACUAAAUGGCUUACUUCUUUUUUCCAGACCUAUGCUGUGGAGGUAGCAAGGAAGCAAAUUCCCAGAUAUGUUAAGUUUGUUGAUCCAAAAGUGGCAGCAGAGUUUGAGUGUCCUAUUUCCCUGAGUCCUUUCUACUGCCCCAUAACUGUUAAAGACAGUGAUCCAAGACGAACUUAUUCAGGGCCAUCUAUCAGUGAACUCACUAAAACAUCAAAGGUUGAUCCUCUCACCGGAGAACCACUUCACCCAGGAUGGAAAAUUCAGGACAUUCAGUUGGACCAAAAUAUGGCCAGUCAAAUGGCAGUCAUUCCCUUCACUUUCUCAGGUAGUCAAGGGGAGGUUUAGAAACCUAAGAAAUUUUAUUGUUAAUUAGCAUACACAGAAAUAACUCCUGAGAUAUUGAUCAUAAACUUUUACUUACAUAGGCAACCAUCCCAGGUGCUCUCCCAUUUAGGUCCUAGAAGUGUUUAAGUCCUCAGGGAUUUGUGGUGGAUACAUUUAUGAUAUUAAAACCUCCCCACUUCUCAUCUUGGGCACAGGUUGUGAUCCUUUGAGAGUGAUUUCUGGUUAUCACCAACUAAUAUAAAAAUGCCUGGGAUAGAACAGCUGCUUAAAAAUAUACUUCCUUGAGAGAUUAUAUACUGUUUUAUUACAAUAAUAGUAAUAAUAAUAAGACGUCUUAUAUAGCGCGGUACCCAAGCCUAGGGCUGGGCUCACCGAGCUGUACAUAAAAAAUACUCACACACUAAUCAUUUACUUGCAGCUUUAAUCAUGGUCCCUAACCUGUUCUUAAUUUUGUGAAUGUUCAGUGGCAUGUGUACAAGUUUCUAACAGAAAGGAUUUCAUAUAUGUAAGAACAUCCUAAGGAAUUUUCUAUGUUCCUUGGUGAGCAUGAUGACAACACUUUAUAGACUUGUUCAUCAUCCAGAUCCCCAGGGAAACAAACACUACUAAUUCACUAAUUAUUUCUCCUUCCCCCCCCCCCCACACCCACAAAUAAAACAAACAAAAAAGAAAACUUACUUAUAAUCCUUUUGAUCUAACAGGUGCAACUGCUCCUAAGAAAUUUGGGGAAUCCAGGGAAAAAAACCCUCCUAAUUCACUAAUUAUUUCUCCUUCCCCCCCCCCCCCACACCCACAAAUAAAACAAACAAAAAAGAAAACUUACUUAUAAUCCUUUUGAUCUAACAGGUGCAACUGCUCCUAAGAAAUUUGGGGAAUUGGCGGGUAUCUUGGCUGAAUGUAACAAGACACCUCCUGCUCUGGUAAGAUAAGCAUAAUGAUGAUGAAGUUCACAAUUUUAAAUCAGAGUUGCCUCAAAAUAUAAAUUUUAUUUGAAUUUUUUUUUAAAUUUAAAAAAUUGGUCAUGGCAGUUUUUUUGAAAUAUGAAGAGAAUGGAAACUUUAUGUGAGUUAAAGUUCACCAACAUUAAUACAGUUGUGAUAUUUGAAAUGAGAUAACAUCACAUUCUCCUAAUAUUGGCUUUUGAUUAUAUUAACAGGACUUGUCUGGGGUCUUUAGCAAUUCAGCCAUAACUUUAUCUAGAAAACUUGAGGUAAGCAUUGCAUUACGGUGACAUAAGUGUGGAUUCUUGUAUUGAAGAGAAGGGGAGGUAAUCUCAAAUAUAUUAGCUCACUAUAGAUUAUUGUAAUUUAAAAGAGCUAAGCUAGAGUGUUCAAGGCAUAUCUUACAAUAUUCUACAGGCUUGCAACACUUCUAUCUGACCUAACAGUUCUAUUUUAUAUUCAUAUUUUAUGGAUGUAGUUUCAGGGAUCUAUUGAAUGGUUCCUCUGUAAAUGACACAUUCAAUAUAUAAUGCAUUCAUUAUAGCUGCAUGUUAAAUUCAUAAAAUAAAAUUGGUCCCAAAUUGGUCUCAUCUGAUCUAUAUGUGUCUUCCUAAAGUUUAUAAAUUUUAUGCUAAGUAUGUAACAAAUGUACAGAAUCAUGACUGCUAAUGUGUGUUAUAUGGGGCUUUUAUUUAAAUACCUGAAGUAAUUAAGAGAAAUUGUUGUUUGUUCAUAAUUUUUUAAAUAUAUCAUCAUUAUUUUUUUAAUUGUGUUUUCUGUUUAACUUCUUUUUUAAAUGCUCCAAAACAUCACAUUAAGUUCAGUUUUUAUUGAAAAUUUUCUUUGAAAGAAACUUUUAACAUAAUUAUAAUGAAAAAUGUGUUAAUUUAAAAUUUUUGAAAUUAUACAAAUUUGCAUUUUGGUUGUUUAUCUAUAUAUUUUAAACAUAUUUUUCUGACAUGUGUCAUGCAGAUAUAUUUAUAAUAAUAUAUGGUUUAUUUUAUAUACUGACAGGAACAUAAAUGGCUAAAAUCUCUUCAGCAAAUUUUUGAUGAAACAAAUCCAGACCAGUUACUAAAAUCAGCUGAAACUAACCUUAAAGAAUACUACAUCAGAAUACCAAAACCUGGUAAUAAAAACUUGAAUUAUAAACACAGUGUUGUUAAUCAGAUAGAAAAUUGAUAUACCAUCAUUUAGUUGACAAAUAAACUUUUUCCUGGUUUUUAACGGGCCAAGAAACUUCACACAGUGAUAUGAUACUUGACCAAGGAGAGUUGAUGUAUUUUGAUCUUGAACUUACAUGACUUCUUAAUCCUAAUAUAAUUGUUAUUUUUUUACGGACGCCUCAUUACAUCACCCUAGAAUGUCAGCAAUGUCUCACCCUGUUCAUUUUGCUCAGAUGUAAUAAACAUUGGCUGUCAGGCUGGUUACAGUAAAAUGAUUACAGGGCUAGACGUCAACAGUGGUUGACAAGUACUGUCUAUUUACCGGUGAUAGUCAAGUGAUGACCAAGACGGAUGUCAACAGAGGGCUGACACGAUGAUGACUGGGACUGAUGAUGACAACUGAUGACAGUAGGGAUGACAUGAAUGGACAUCACACCAAGAUGACAAGCACAGUGCAGUUCUGGUGACAGGGUAGGCAUCAACAACGAGCUGGCAGGAUGAGUGGAACUGGUGAUGACAAUUGAUGCUAAGGGUGAUGACCUGAAUUGACAUAACAUCUUGCUGACAGGCACAGUUUAGUUCUAAUAACGUGGCGGACAUCAACAGCAGGCCAGCAUAAAGAUGAUAGGAACUGGUGACAAAUAAUGGUGUUAGGGGUGAUAAAUUGUAUGAGCGUCAUAGCGACAAUCAAAAUAACCAGUGGUUAAAAAAUUUAAAUGAUUACUUAUUUAGUCAUUACUGUCACUUAGGUAGUUCAUUGAUAGAUGAUUUUUAUGCUAGAGAAAUACUUUAGAUGUCUUGUGUUUAAAUUGUUAUAAUUGUAAAAAAAUUUCUUGGUUAAAAUUUUUAUUUAUUUAUGCGCUGAAAAUGAAUAUGUACAAUUUAAUCCAAAAAAAUUUCCAUUUUUUUGGAUCAAUAAAAGAAUCUAAUGGAUGCAUGAACAUUUUUUAAAAUGAUUUUAUUGGAUUAAUUUAAAUAUUUUUAACAGGUCUCAGAGAUUAGUGUAUUGCCAUGAUUACCAAGUCAUUCAUAGUUUAGAAAUAUACUUUCUGGCCAGGUCAGUUUCAUCAACAGUAUAGAGAAGGUGAAUCUCCCCUUGACAUGCUGCAACAAGCCAUUUACUGUCUGGCUACAGCUCUUAAAUUCAAGCCUAAAGAUGCAGAAAUUCACCUUAAGUUGGCCAUGACCUUAGAAGAGAAAUAUUAUGCAGAGGACAUGUUUGGUUUGAAAAAACUAGUUAGUGGCCAUUUUGCUCCCUAAUUGGAUAAGAAUUAGCUUUAAACAAUAAUAUUUUAAAAAAUAGGAGACAAAAAAGUCUCAUUUGUUUAACUUAUUUUAAUUUUAGCUUAUCAAAAGAUUCCUCACCUCCCUUAUUUCAUUUGCAAAUUUUAUGUCAUAGAGAAUGUUCUCCCUUAAUACAUUGAGCUACUUCUUUCUUUUGCAUUGAGUUCUAAUUUUAUAUUUAUGCAGAAUUUCAAGCACUCUUUUUUAGUAACAUUAUCUACUGAUGAUUUUCAAUAUUCUCAAAAUCUUUCAAUUUUAGAAUGUUAAAAACUGAAAGGAUUUUUAGAGUAGCAACUAUACCACAAAGAUUGUAAUCAUAUCAUCAGACCUAAUAGAUUUAAAAACCAAAUAUAUGCCAUAAAUUUAUUGAAACCAAAUUUCAUAUUAAAUUUACAACAUAAUAUUACUAAUUUAGAAAAAUGUUCCUUUAAGCAAAAUGCUUCCAAAUUCAGAUCAAUCAGAUCAAUAUUUGGCAUUUUAAUUUUGUCAGCAGUACACAUGGAUGUUUUUUUAACUAUUCAUGAUUCUUAUCUCUGUUUAUCAAAGGAGAAAGAAGAAGCUCCUUCUUUAAACCUCCAAGCCAAGGAGAGUUCCAAGGAAGAAGAGGUCAUGGCCAUCUGUAAACUAAAAGGAGUGGAUCCAUCUGCUCCUGUCAGUCAUCACCUAAAGGCCUUGGACAGUGAGUACCACCACCUGAUCAACAAUGGCCAGAGUGCUAAGGCUGACCAUGUCAUGUCUCUCUUUGUCUGGUACAGCAAAAAGGUCUCUCAGGUAAGCCAACACAAAACAAGUUCACAUUUUUCAAAUAACUUUUUUUGAUUGUUUUUUUUUUAGCUCAAAGUAUUAUUUUCUAGUUGCUUUUCAAGACAUAUUUUUGGUACAAAGUCAUAUCAUCUUUGGAUUAGGAAAGAUGUAGAUUUAUAUAUCUAAAUACCUAUAUUGUAAAAUAAAUUAUUAAUAAUUCCUAAUCAGUUAUAUAAUAAAUACAAAUUUCAAGAGACAUAUCCUAGCUUAAAUUAAUUAAGUAUCACAUAAUCCCCCCCCACUCCUGUAAGCAACAGAAUGAGUCUAAUGCUAUAUAGCAGAACUCCGCAUCCAGUGGACUGCUGCGCACUGGUGUGCCGCAAGUAUAUGCUAUGUGUGCCAUGGCAAGAUUCCUCCAGAGGGGAUAAAAAAAACCCUGAAAAUUAUAUUAUAUUAUAUAAAUUAGUUGAUAUAAAAGGGCCAAUGAUUGGUUAAUUAACAGGGUGUCUAACAUUUGAAAUCAAAUAACACAGCACAUCUGCAUGGUUAAAUAUGGCAGGUCACAUCACAAUUUACAAUAUAAAAUUGUCUAAAGCAACUAGUAAAAUGCAUCUCUGUGGCUUAGCCUUUGAUCGCAUGCUUUUCACGCCUGUACUGUGUAAUACUUUAACUUGGUGUUGACUGUUGAUUGCUGGUUGUUUAAUAAUUCUUAGAUCCUCCAUAAAUGGUGUCACACAUUGGAAAGGGGGGGGGGGUCCACAUUUUUGUGGCAAUGUGUGACAAGGGGGGAGGGUUGUUUAAGCAAUGUGACAUGACAUAAAAAAGCAGACUAUUACUUUAAAAAAUUGCACCGAAUAACACUAAACUACGCACAUAUUAACAUUAUUCUUUUCUAAAACAAUUACAAUUCAGAGCAGGAGAAUCGGGAUGUAAUGACAUUGAAAGUUGUGAGAAUUUUUGUCAAAAUGUGGAGAAAGGAGUCAUAGAAUUAGGGCUUUAAUGUGAAGUGGGAUGGAUUGAAAAAUGGUUGACAAGGGAGGGGAAUUAUCAUAGUUAAAUGUUCUAGGGAAGGGAUUAUUAACCUUUUUGAAGUGCUACAUCCCAGAUGGAAUCCUGUACCACAAUGGGAUUCCAUUCCAUAAUGACUUUCUGUUCCAUGAUGGGAUUCCAUUUCCCAGUGGUGGGGUUUGGUUUGAGUGUAUGGUUCCAAAGGGGGCCGUGGCCAAAAAAAAAAGCGUGAGAACCUACACCCUUAAAUGUUUUACACUACUUCAUACAAAAAACAAAGAAAUCUAGUGGCUUGCGUUAAUUUCCCCGUCUAGAAAAUUUUUAAAAAGGAAACGCAAAUUUAAUGUGUUGGAACUUGUAAACAAUGGUAAAAAAGUUUUUUUUCAUGUUUUAAUUUUGGUGUUGCACUGAAAUCUGGUAAGGGUCUAAGUGUGCCAUGAGGGAAAAAGGUUGUAGAGCACUGCUAUAGAAAGUUGUCUAAUCAUCAUGUUUGCAAAUUUUGUAACAAAAUGAAACAAUAAUUAAAUAUUGAUUUCUAAUCAUGAUUGAAAAUAUGUUCAAAUUUUUUUUUUUUUUUCAAGCAUCUAAAAUAAAUGGUGGAACGAGAUUUUUUUAAGCUUUUAAAAAAAAAAGGACAAUUAAAAGGACAUUUCGGCUAAAUGCCUGCUUAAGCAGACAAGACAAAACAAUGAACAACAAAUAAUUAGAAAUUACAAACGUAUUUGUUCGAAGAUCUCAAUGUAGUUCUCUGUCUCUGUUUUAAAUGUCAAUAUUAUGUCUUUAAAUGUUGCUUGGACAUGUGUUUCUCAGGAAGGUGCAGCAGCCCAUAAAGCAGAAGAUCACCAUUCUCCACUUGGUCAGGCCUACCAGAAAUACCUGGACGCCCUAUGUCUUGAUGAAAGUAAGGCUGUCUACAACUUUCACGUGGGCAGGAUGCUGGUCAUUAUGGGUAACUAUGAAGAUGCUAUUAAAAGACUGGAGGCAGCCCUGUGUUGGAACUCUGCUCAUGAAAUGGCCAGGUCAGUAUUCAUAUCACAAGUGUCUUUAGUGCAUGACAUCAAGGUGGCUAUGUGAAUCUGAAGAUUCAUUUAAAUUCUCUGAUUGUCUGCUUUAUUAAGGCGAACAACAUAAAUCUGACAGGAAAUCUAUAUCAUCUUGUGUCACUGUGGACAUUAUCAGUUUACCUUUACAGUCUGCAUAGGUAUCCAUACUCCCCAAAAAACAACUAAUUUGUGAGCUUCAUUUAUAUGCAAUAGCUCUUAUUUCAAAGAAUUGUACAACAGCCCUCAUUUUUAAAAAAUAAAUAUUUGCCCUGAUUUCUAAGAAAUCUUUUUACCUUAUUUCCUAGAAUUCAUUUUACCUUAUUUCUAAGAAUUACAUUUUUCAACCCCCAGGUUUUACUUAGGCCUGGCCAUCAGCCUAAGCAAGGAGGAACGGAAGAAAAGGGGAAAUGAAGCUGUUACUUUUCUUCUGGCUGGAAUGGAACUUUUGUUAACAGAAUUAUCCAAAGAAGCAACCAAAGCUGAUGAAACUGUGUAGGUUAUAUACAAUGUUAAUUUGUACUUUGACAAUAUAACAAUAUUUCAGGAGCAGAUCUUGUCCGCUCCAAGGGAGUUAAGGAGUAAAACAUAUGUAACAGUGAUUGAAAUAUAUUAAAUCCCUUGAAAUUUGGCAUCAAAAUUAUUUUUUUAACUUAACAUAGAACUGGAAACCAUCUUGUGGUUGCUCUACAUUUCGGAUGCUUACUGAAUUAGGGUUUUUAGGAUGCUCUGAGUUCUGACUGGUAUUGCAUUACAUUAUUGAUUUUGUACACUUAUUGGAAGGGUUUUUGAACAGUCACAGGGUAUUCAUGUUAUAAAGGUAAUUAAUUUCCUAUGCUUAUUGAUUUCAUAUACACAUUGCUACAAAAGUAAUUAAUUUCCUAUGGUUAUUGAUUUCAUAAACACAUUGCUACGCUCAUUGACAACUUACAAAGCCAUCAAAAAUAGCAUCAGCACCCUUCACUACCCACUCUAUAUAUAGUCAAUACAACUAAGCAUUGGUGGAUAAAUGGAGCACCAUAAGGAAUUAUUAUUAUAGAUUUUGCACCUCUUCCUGUAUUUUACAUCUCAACAUGGUUGUGUUACCCCAUCCAUCCAUCGAUCCCUGUGGUGCUACAGCCCAUGUGGGGCUUUGCCCUGCCUCACCACUUUCUUCCACUCGGACCUAACUGAUGCUUUUCUUUUGGAUUGCUUGCUACUGUUGAUCUUUUUCCACAUUAUCCAUCCAUUUAUGCGUAGGUCUUUCUUUGAGCCGUUUUCCUCUGGGGUUUUGGUGGUGCACCCUCUUCUUUUCUCUGUCAUUUUGAUUUCUUUCUUAGUGUCCCGCCCAGCGUAGCCUGCCCAUUUUUAUUUCUGCUACUAGUGUUGGAUCCUGAAAUAGACUAUACAAUUCCCGGCUGGUGUGUAUUCUCCAUCUAUUGACAUCCUUUGUUAAUCUGUAUAUUUUCUUGAGAAAAAUGUUCUCUCUUAUGUGUUUAAUAGAUUUUCUGGCAUUUUUGUUAGGUUCCAAGUUUCACUUGCAUAUGUUAUAACUGGUCGGUAUGUUAUAACUGGUUUCAAUACAGUUUUAUAAAUUGUGCUUUUUUAGUAUUUUGUGGUUAUUGAAGUAUGUCCUGUUUCCAGCAAAUAUUCUCUCUUCUAUUUCUGUUAGUAAUUCAUUUCUUUCAUUUAUAAAGGAUCAUUUGAAUUGAUUUACUUUUUCAAAAUUGUGGUUUCUAAUUUUAAUGGUUUCAUCUGUCUUUUCUUCUCUUAACAUAGUCAUGUAUUUAGUUUUUUGGUUAACUUCCAGCCCUGCUUGUUGUAUUGUGUCUUCAACUUCAAUAAAAGAUUUUGAUAUGUCUUUACUACUUUUCCCUAACAAUGCUUUGUCAUCAGCUAUAUGCAAGGUACUGAAGGGAUUGGUUACUGAGAGUGCCUAUUGGUUGUGGGUCUUGGGUCUUCCCUCAAAAAGUAUACUAUUAUUGUUCCUCGGAUGUCAACAUGUAUGCUUCUUAUUACUCUUUCUAAGUUUAGGUUAAAUGGCAUACAAGCCAAUGAGUCUCCUUGUCUUAGGCCUCGUCUAAUCUGAAAUUCCUUUGAAUAUUCUCCCUGAACCUUGAUUUUGCUUUUUUAGUUCUUAUAUGUUUUAUGUAUCAGUCUUGUCAGUUUGUUGGGUACAGAGUAAAUAUUAUCUUUUGAUGCUGUCAUAGGCCAUUUUAUUGUUCACAUAGAACUGAUGUACUGGGAUAAAAUAUUCAUAAUAUUUCUCUAAUAGGCAUCUGAUGAUGAAAAUCUGAUCAGUCGUUGAUCUGUUUUUCCUGAAUCCACAUUGGUAGGCACCUACUAUUUCUUCAGUGUUGGGUUGUAGUCUUUUGGCUGUUAGUUUUGUCAGUAUUUUGUGUGUAACAUUUAUAGGGAAAUUCCUCUGUAGUUUGUGCAUUGAAGUUUGGAAACUUUCUUGUGUAUUGGGGUUAUUAGUUCUUUUUCCCAUUCUGUUGGAAUUUUCUCUUCUUGCCAAAUUUUAAUUUAAUUAAUAAGUUUAUGGGUCUGAGUGUGUAGUUCUCUUCCUCCAUAUUUAAUAAGUUCUGCUGUGAUGAGGUCUUCUCCAGAGGCUUUGUGAUUUUUCAUAGGAUUGAUUAACCUGUGUAGUUUCUUCCAAAGUUUGGGAGUUUAUUAAAGUUCUGGUCCUCCAUGCGGUGAUUGCCACCUCCUAGUACUUUACUAUUUUUCGUAAUCAAGAGAGGGAAACAUUAGAGGAAUGUACAUGAAAAUAAAAGACAAAAAAUAAUGAAUACCAGCCAGACCUCAAAUGUGUGAGAGCAAUGAUGGAGAAUUAAUUACAAUUUUUAAAAAAGUGUGUUGCACCAGCUAGUAUGAAGAUAAAAAUUAUAUAUGAAAAUUUUUAUUUCCAAGCCAAACAACAUUUUACUCUUUGUGCUAGCUCCAUCCUGUUUUGUCACCCCCUGUCUUGUAAGGUCACACUUGAUUUUUGAAAAACUUGUCAUGCUGGGGCAAUUGUAUUGUUUUGGUCCAUAUCACAGCUGUUUUUGUGAUAUAACUUUUACAAUGUGAUGAUUUAAAUUAAUAAGCUGUUUAUCAAGGAUAUCAUUAAAUCUUGUUGUAUAGUAUUACUGUUUCAAUAAUCAAUUUAGAUCUUUUAAAAAUAUAAUAUUUCUAGUGGCAAGUCUUGUCUGAUUGCUGAAAAUCUGGUCAGAUCAAGCAAUGUACAUUUCUUGAGAGGACUGAUCCAACUUGGCACACUGCUUAUUUCUAGCAAUGUGAAAGAUGCCCUGGCACCUUCUGAUGUCUUUCAUACGUAAGUAAAUAAAAAGAACUCACUAAUUCCAGUACAUUAUUUUUAAGACAAUGCAAAAAAAUGUAUUUUCAUUUCUAUUUCUGAAAAAAAGGCAAAAUGCUAACAAAAGCUAAGGAGCAGGAAAAGGGGUGGAAUAUUUCAAGAAGCUUUUAAAAAGAUCCGCUUCUCUCAUACCAGAUUUUCAGAUAGCGCAGAGAGAUCUGAUAUUGACUGCACUUGAUCUGAAGGUGCAAUAAAUGCUAAAAAAAAUUUAAAGCUGCAGGACUGUAUGGAAUACCUGUUGGGGCAAUUAAAGCUGACAUUGAUCUAUCAACCAACAUACUCUACAACAUGAUUGGAAUUAUAUGGGGGAAAACGAGAAAUACAUAAAGCCUGGAGAAAUAGGCAUCUUGUAAAGCUUCCAAAGUAAGGGAAUCUACCAGAUGUUUUGAACAACAGAGGCAUCAUGCUGUUACUUAUCUGGAAAAGUUUUUAGAGCAAAACUGGAAAAAAAAUUCUUUAAAAGCAGAUGAUGGCCAAUCAGGAGACAAACAAGCAGGUUUUAGACAAAAUAAAUCGUCUGGACCCAAUAGCCACUCUUGGAAUUUUAAUUAACAGUUCAAUGAAUGGAGUUCCAGUAUCUUCAUUCAUUUUUAGAUUUUUUUUAAAGCCUUUGAUAUAUUGCAUCACAAUGAUAUCCCUUGAAAAAUAACAGAUAUAAUUAAAAACACUUAUCACAAUAUGAGCUGCAGUGUUAUUCGUGAGGGGAAAUUAACAGAGUCUUUCAGGAUGUCUACUAUCACCAUUUUUCUUAAAGUCAUAGAUUAAAUAAUGAGAAGGACAAGAGCAGGUGGGGAAAUGGAAUACAAUGAGACUUUUUAGCAAUUAGAAGACAUGGAUUUUGCAGAUGACAUCACUCUAUUGUCACAAAGCCGUAAACAAAUUCAAGACAAAACUGCAAAGCUUGAUUCAAUUUCCAGAAAUAUUGGAAUGGCAAUAAAUCAAGACAAAACUAAAAUGAAGAGAAUAGAUUCAAAUAUCACAGGAGUGUAGCAGGAAGAGGGGAAAACAGUAGAUCAUUUUCCCUAUCUAGGAAUUAUAAUUAGUUAAGGAUGGGGUCUAGGAGGCAGAUGUCAAGACAAGAAUAUAGAUGACAAGAGGAGUUGUUAUCUUAUUUGAAAAAUAUUUGAAACUUUAGGCAAAUAAGGAGAAAGAGAAAAAUUAGAAUUUUUAACUAAAACGUUAAGUCUGUCUGCUGUGUGGCUCAGAAACCUGGAGGUAUACCAAGAAAGAUUGGAAAAGUCUGCAAACCUUUGUGAAUAGUUGCCUUUUUAAAAUCCUCAACAUCAAGUGGUUCCACAAAAUCCCAAACAGCCUAAAUCUUAGUGGAGCAAGAAAUCUGGAAAAGUAGGUACAGAUGGAUAGGUCAUACCAUGAGAAAACCCAUGCUAAAUAUAGCAAGUCAAGCACUGGCACAGAACUCACAAGGAUCAAGAGGACAAGGAGGACCAAAAAACACUCAGAGAAGAGAUUUCAAUGUAGAUGUAACAAGGACUGGAAAGAGUUGGAAAGAUUUAGAGAGGAUAGCUAGAGACCAGAAGGCUUGGGAAUAAAUGUUUAAUGGCCUAUGCUCCACUGAGAGUUGAAAAGGCAAAGAAGAUGAAGAACUCUGAAUUGUUUUGUUUUUUACUUUGAGAAAUAUAUCUGAUAUAUUUGGUUGCUGUGUACAGUGCUAAAUGAAAUAUCAUUUCUUUAAAAAUGUUUUCACAUCUAACCUUAAAACCAUGUCAGUGUUACAAGCUGAUAGCCUUUUAGUAGUAGUAUGAGUUAAUAGGUCAUGUUUUAAAAUAAUGAUAAAAAUAUUUUUUCUUCACCAAACUGAUUGAUGACAUAUCAGCUUUCAGAUUGAUGAUAUACUAGCUUUCAGAUUGCUGAUAUAUCAGUUUCAUAUUGGUGAUAUAUCUAUCAGUGAUGUUCAAAAUAUAUAGAAAAUAAAAAAGUCAAUGCAUGAAAACAAUGUUGGGGUUGGUUCUGGUUCUGGUAGUGUUUGUUGCUGCAUCCAUGUACUGGCAUCUGUGCAACGGUUGGGAGUAUGAUGUUGCUAUUCUAACAGCUCCUGGCUGAUGCCAGGGCAGCCUUGAAGCUUUCGACCGACGUCGAGUUCACAGUGGCAUUGUCCAGGUGGUUCCAUGCUAUUAUUGUGCGUGGGAAGAAAGAUUGUUUAUACUACACUGUGUUGCCCUGAGGCUCUUUGAAGCAUUUGAUAUUGUUUCGGGUGUAAUUGUUUAUGGGAUUGUCAGUGGUGAAGUCAGUGUUCAGUGAGCAUUUUGCUCUGAUCAGUCUACCCGGCUUCUGUGGGCUUCUGUACAUGUCUGCUGGGAUGGCCAGCACCAGUCCCAUGACCACUUUAUAUAAGAAUAUCAGGCGGAGUCCCUCUCAUCUGUCUUUAAAGGGGUGGGGGGGGGGGAAUGUCAAAUCUUUUUAAGAGGCCAGUGACGAAGCCAGAAGUGGUGAUUGUGGUGAUAAAAUGCACCGCGCUACGUUGAAUUCGCUCUAUCUUGUCCACGUCUUGCUUAAGGUGUGGGUACCAGAUGAUCACACCAUAUUCUAGUAGUGGACGGACGAGUGCGAGAUAGGCAUUUCGUUGCAGGAAGUUGGGCAGUGGCGCAGAUUUCUGCUGAUGAAACCUAGGGUGGAGUUGGCUUUUUUUGAAAUUUUGUUUAUAUGGGGUGUCAUUUUAGUUUAUUUGAGUAGAAAAUUCCAAGGUAUGGAUUAUUUGCUACUUGUUGGAGAAUUGUCUCGUUUAGUGAGUACAUAUAGGUUGAUGGUUUUUUCCUUGAGAUGGUCAUUGUGUAGCAUUUGGUUUCAUUAAAUUUCAUGCCCCAUUUGUCCGCCCAAUUCAUAAGGCUCUUCAAAUCUUUUUUGGAGGUGGUUGUGGUCAUCGUAGCCAUUUAUCUCCCUGUAGACAAGACAGUCAUCUGCAAAUAGCCUCACUUUAGAUUUUACUCUAUCGGGGAGGUCAUUUAUGUGACACAAGAAGAGAAGGGGGCCCAGCACUGUGCCUUGUGCAACUCCUGAGUCUACUGUGGCUUUCCCUGAUUGGACGCCAUCUACCACUACUUGGGGUGAAAGAUAGUAAGAAGUCAUUGGGUUCCCCUUAUUUUAUUUUUAAAAAUUUUUAUUCAGAGCAGCUUUGCUGGCCUCACAAGUCUUGCCAAAAAUCUGCCGUGGUGACCUGUACAAACAGAUUGAAUGGGUCUUAGUGGAUGCUCACACACAAUUAUUGGAGCUGCUCACCCAACAGCAGACAGGAAAGGAAGAUUUCAUUGCUGCACGAUGUCAGAGAUUAUCUGCUCUUAUAUUCAACUCAUCAAUAUCUGGAAAUUCUAAACUGCUUGAACUACAAGAGAGGGUAAAUUUUUAGUAUUAAGAUAAUUUAUAGUUGGACAGCUAAUUCAUAUUCCACUGCAGAUCUCCUAUAUUUAAACCCUUUAAAGAUUUAAGACCUUAUUAUUGAACUCUUGAUGGGUAAAAUUCUUGCUCGGUUCAAGGCGGAAAAGUGGGCUAUGUUAUUAAGUUCAUGGUUUGAAAAUUGGACAUAUGCAUAAACACUUUGGAUUAUUUUAUUUAUAGGUUGCACAUUCUCUCUCAAUGCUAUUUGGUAAAUCUUUCAGCUAUUUAAGAAAGAUUUAAAACUAGGAAUAAGAGCCCAACAACCAUUAGAAACAUGUAUAGAAAGUUUGCUGAGAUUCUGUGAGGAAAUUUCUAGUACAGUAUACAAUCAUAGAAUAGAUUUUUAUAUAGCCAUAAGUUGUACAUUUUAAAGUUAACAUCUUUAGUCAUUUAUGCUUGGUCAUUUUUCCUCUAUUAUUUUGUUGUCAAAGAUUCAAAAAACAAAAAUCACAUAAAAUGUCUGCCUGGACAGGUUUUCAUUGCGUUAAGACUGCACUCAUCAUUCAGUUUAUAUACUUUCUAUGUUCAGGUUUGAUAUCAUUUCAUGGACAGGUUUUCAUUGCUUUAAAACUGCACUCAUCUUUCAGUUUAUAUAUUUUCUAUGUUCAGGUUUGAUAUCAUUUCAUGGACAGGUUUCCAUUGCUUGAAGACUGCACUCAUCAUUCAGUUUAUAUACUUUCUAUGUUCAGGUUUGAUAUCAUUUCAUGGACAGGUUUUCAUUGCUUUAAGACUGCACUCAUCUUUCAGUUUAUAUAUUUUCUAUGUUCAGGUUUGAUAUCAUUUCAGACAUGUCAGAAGCUGGUGAGAAUCCAACCAUGUGUUAGUUACUCCUUGUUUCUGCUGGGCUCUGCUCAGUAUGCUCUGUAUGAGAACACUCCAGAUGGUGACUCAGCAAAGCAGCUACUACAAGAUGCACAGGCUUCAUUCAGAGCCAGUAUAGAACUGGAGGGAAAGCCAAGCAUUGGGGAAGCUCCCAAGCUGGUCACUGGUGAGUCAAUGGCUUUAAAUCUUUUUUCCUGUUCAUUAAUUUUCAACCUCAAAGCAGCUCUCUGUUGGAACCAUCUGUGUUUGGGAUUAGAUGUGCUGUUUAGUACCCCAGUUUAUUAAGAAUUCCUCAUCAUCUGUGUAGUGCCCCAGUUUAUUAAGAAUUCCUUAUCAUCUGUGUAGUUCCCCAGUUUAUUAAGAAUUCCUUAUCCUCUGUGUAGUGCCCCAGUUUAUUAAGAAUUCCUUAUCAUCUGUGUAGUGCUCAAGUUUAUUAAGAAUUCCUUAUCAUCUGUGUAGUGCCCCAGUUUAUUAAGAAUUCCUUAUCAUAUGUGUAGUACACAAGUUUUAUUGAAACUUCUUUGAUUGAUGAUGGCUGGGUAGUGACUCCAUUCCAUUAGUGGCCAAUUUCAUCUCCAUUUAGUUUUCAGAAGAUGUGCUACUUAAAUGCUAUUCAUUUUGAAACACUCAAACAUUAUUUAUAUUUUAGACAUGAUAAAUUCUAUUUUAAGUUAAGCAAUAGGCAAAUAACCCUUUUGUGCCACAAAAAAUAGAUAAUAUAGCAACAACAAAGUUAUAUUAAUACAAACUGUUUAAUUUUGUUAUGGUGUUUUUAUUCACAGAGCAGAAGUGGUGGUCAGAAAUAAAAAAGAAAAAUGGCACUGAAAAGAAAGCAACAGCAGCUACAACAUCCACUCCAGCAACUGUUCCAUCAUCCACAAAGCCAGCUGUUAGAGGGGGUGCUGCAGCAGCAGGUCGAGGUGCAGGCACACAGGUUCAGGGAGAUAAGUCCAAACACUGUGUUCCAGAAAAAAAUAAAAGGCACAAGUCAAUCUUUCCUAAUGUUUUCUAGAUGUUGAGUCUAGAUCUUUUACUCUUAUCUAUUUUUCCAUCCCUGUAAAAUUGGUUUACUAUAUUGUUUUUCUAACCCACUAGAUUAAGUCUUGUUAUCAUAUUUCUAUCUUGUUUCUAUCCAAGUAGAUUUCUAUCUUUUUUUUUUAUCCUGUAUAUUUCUCUCUUGUUUAUGUCACAGUCAUUUCUUAGCAUGCCUCGCAAAUGAUUUAGAUCUUCCAGUAACAAAGUUAAUAGAAAAUUUUUACCUUAUUUAAUCAUUUUGUUUAUUUUGAUUAAAUUUUUUUUCCCAAGUUUUUUUUUACUCAGAAUUUAUUAGAUUCUUUUAAUAUCAAUUAUUUAAAAGAAAUACUUCAUAUUUAAAAUAUGGUCUGAUUUAGCACACACUUAUGUGAUGCUUAUCAAAUGGUUUAAUUUUUCUUAUUUCCUUAAAGUUGAGAACAAUAUUACUUAAAAUUAAUAAAAUAUUUAGUAUCAUAUUUGUAUUUCCUUUUCCAUCUUUACUACUAACAUAAAUCUUAAAUCCAAUCUUAAACAUCAGUAUUGUAAAAUAGAUAGAAUGUGUAACUUCUGAGAUGGUCUUAAAUAUUUUAAGGCAAAAACAUUUAUCAAGGAGCCUAAAGCUGAAAUAUUUUGAUUAAUUUGUAUUUUUCUCAUGUAAAAAAUAUUUCUUUAAAAUCCUAGUUAAUAGAGGGCAGUAACUCUUAAAUUAUAUUGCCUUAAGAAUUAACAUAUUGUGCAUCCUUUAUUUUCAAUUGUUAUCAAGAAAAAUAUUGAUCCAAAAAAAAAUCUAAAAUAAGUGUACUGAUUAGUUAUUAACAUUAACUUUUUUAAGACCAGCAGUUAGGGGUGGUGCCACAGCCAGAGGGGCUCCAGCCCAGCGUGGUGGUGCUAGGGUAAGCUACUUUCAAAUUUAAUAUUUGCCUUAAUUUAAGUAGGCUACUUGUGUUUUUAGCAUUAAAAAAACUGACUGUUGUACCAUAGUCAAUUCAUGAGUUUGAUGGUUGGAUAAACUAUUAUAUUGGUGAUCUUCAGGGUGGGAAGGUACAGGUAGCUCCUACAGCUGCUAAAGAAGAUCCUCAGACUUCAGCCAACCAACGUGAGUUAUUUUGUUUUCAGUUCUCAGGAAUUUUCAACUCAUAUUUUAUAUAAGUGCAAACAUAUUUUUCCUACUUUGUGGCCCGCGAAUUAACGAAAUAAUAUUUAUUCUUAUUCUUUUCUUAAUAGCUUUCUCCAUGACAUUUUUUUUUUUGGCCCGCACAAGUCCUGUCUUAUUUUUGUUUGGCCCGCACACGUUUUUCACUAAGUAUUACGACCCGCCUUACAUUUUGAGUUGUGCAGGCCUGCUGUAAUGUAUAUAUUAAUUUUAUUUAGAACUUAAAAUGGAAGAUAGUUCUUUAUUUUUGUAAGUGAUGAUAUAUUCUUAGAAUACUUUUCCCAAAAUGCCAUGGUUGAUAAAAAUGAAGCCUUAUAAUCUUUGAUAACCCAUUGUGACAGAACCAGAAAAGGAUGAAAAGAAUGAUGCUCCAAAGAUUGUGAUAAAAAAUGUGGAGUCAUACCAAGCUCGCCUUGGCCUGGCUAGAGCACUACGAGCUGCUGAUGAUCCUAAUGAGGCCAAGAAAUAUUAUGCAGAGGUUAUAGAUAUGGCUCCUGAGGUAAAAAUAGAAAUAAUAUUUGAUUUUUAUCAUGAACAAUUAAUAAUUUUUGUUUAAAACUUAAAAACAGCUUUAAUAUUUUCCAAACAAAACAGAGUCCAAAUAAAAAUGUAAUCAUUUUAAUUUAAUAUCCUGUAUGUAACCUAUGUAGUUAUUGUAACCUGAGUGCGUUGCAUGCACUGUUAUUAAAUAUCAAAUCUUUCAAUGUCAACACCGUAUUUUCUUCACUCACAAUAAAUACUGAUUAGUCCAUGUUUUACAGUCAUCACUUUAUUGAUACACAAAAUCAUCACAAAUCACAAUACAAUAUUCCUUGUAAUUUAAUAAUUAUUCUUUUGGUAAUAAUCACACACAAUUAAUGAUAUUAUUGAUACAUAUGAAAAGUACACUUAAUACAUUCUGACUCUUAGAUCUAUCUUUUUCUCUCUUUUUUCACACAAGGCUGAUCCACCCUCAUGUCUUUAUUUCUCAUGAAAAAUCUCGAUUUAUCUUGAACCUAAUAAAUGAUCCACAUAACGAGAUUUUACACUAUAUUUUUAGCCCAAAUUUUUUUUUAAAAAUAAUUAUUUUAAUAAAUAUCCUCCAUUAAGAUCCAUGAUGCUUACAUUGAAAGUGCUGAAAUGCUAGCCAAAUCCAGCCCUCUUGAAGCUGUAGAUGUCUAUGCCAGAUUCCCAAUCUCUGCUAAUCCAUCAUUUGAUGAUGCUUAUAUUUUUGGUGAAAUUGUUGGCAUUUUAAUGAAAAAUGAAAAAUUUGAUGAUGAAAGACUAGCCAAAAACAUGAUUGCUUAUGGGAAAGUACUAGGAGUAGGUAAGAAUGAAAAGUUUUUAAAAACAUUGAAAUCCUUAUGAUGAAAAUAUUUGUAGUUGUCAUUUUAUGAAGGGAUAAAAUCAUUAUAAAAAUGAGUGCUCAUAACAAAAUGGUGUCAUUAAUUAUAAUUUCAAAUGAGAAUAAGCUAAUAAUCUUGAGAUUUACUUAAGUCAAUUUUAGAGAAAAAUAUUCAUUAUAAUGCAGCACAACAUUGGUAUGGAUAAUUUCAUUUUAUAGUUUUUUUAUUUUUAGGAGUCUUAGACAGAUACACCAAAAUUCUAGAGCAAAAAAAUAAGAAUGCUGUCUUGAGGAAAGUAUAUGCAGGCAUCAACAAUAAACCAGUGGAUGAUCCAGACAUGCAAGCAUUUUUCAAAUUCAAGUUUUGGAUUUAA